AUGGCGACUUUCGAAAGUCUGUGUGUCAAAAUUGAACAAGCAGUUAAUCAGUGUCUCGAUUCUCAAGAGUCACUUGAAGAAAAUAUCAAAAAAUGUCUGGUACCACUUGCAAAUGCAAACAAAGAAAUUGUUGACUUAAGAAAGGCAACUCUUGAGCAUGUUUUCAAAAAAUUAUCAGCGAGAAUUUCUACAUAUCCACCUGAUCGUCUUAUACCAGCCGCAUUUAGACUACUGAAUCUCGUACUAGGGUGUCAUGAAGCUGAGAGUUCUUUAUGUGAACAAGCUAUUACUUUGACGAUAUUGGAAGAAUUGAUGGAAACACAACCUCUUGAACCCGAAGCACCCCCGGAAGUUCGGAUGAUGAUCUACGAAAUAGCCACAACAUAUAUUUUAUUAACCAUUAACCCUUGCAUUCCAUUAUCAAUAAUUGGAUCUAUUGACUAUUCGUUCUACAAGAAUUUGAUACCAACACAAGGAAAGGGUCUGAUCCUAUUAAGACUUUCGAACGAACUAAUACGUAGAGCAUCCAAGUCAAAUCAUAAUGCAUUCCGUGGCAGAAUAUUAAUAUUUUUGUCGAAUACCUACGCACUCGGUGUCAACAAAGGGGGUGAAUGUAAUGUUGAUAAUGUUACGCAUUAUAGUGCAUCACAAAAUGGAGAAGAAGCCGCAUUUUAUAACAUUUUUUGGGGUCUUCAAGCUUAUUUUAGCAAUCCCCCAAAAUUGUUUAAAGACAAUAAUUUAGAAGUUGUUCUUAAUAAUAUUGGCAUCGUUUUAAACAGGUUUGCCGAUAUCAUUGCCCGUGAGAAACUCAAGACUGCUGAAGAGAAUUUAGGGGGAAAUCGAAAUAAUGAUUUUGAAUUUGGGCUUCCGUCUCCUCCAAGUGAUGAUGGAUGUGGAAAAAAAAGAAAAUUUAUAGAAACUGAUGAGGAUGAGUCAAUAACUUUUGCUAAGGAUUACGUUAAAUAUUUCCCUAAAUAUUUAUCGAGUUUCGCAUUAUUCGAUAAGGAGAUAUCCGAUCCAAACUUCCGAAGAAUUGUAUUAGUGCAAAUUCUUAUUAUAAUGCAAUAUCUCACAGGAUUUUUCCCUGAGGAACAGGCCCGUAUCAACAAAGCGAAAGCACCCCACGAUGCUGCAGCAGUUCAAUUACCUACUUAUACUAUCAUGGAACCACAACAACAUAUGAUCCAAGAAAUAUGGAAUAAAGUCAUUGGACAACUUGAAGAAACAACACCCAAUGGAAAAAAUUUUGUUCGUACAAUACUACAUAUACUUAACAUGGAAAAGCGAUGGAAUUAUUGGAAGUUUGCUGAUAAUUGUUCUUUUGGAUCUGAGAAAGUGAUGAAGGAUAGAGCCGAAAGAGCACGUGAAGAUUUUGCCGAAGCUUUGAAGAGAAAGGCCAAGAUGAGUAAGCCUAUGGAACCUCUCGAAAAUAAAACGGGUGCAAACAAACUUUCUGAAUUUUGGUCGAGAAAUGAUAAUGAUGAAGAAUUCAUGGCAGAUACUUCCCGUAAGAUAGUAGCGCCAGAUUUUCUUACUGUAUAUGAACGAAUAAAGCAGGAUGGAUAUCCACCAGAAAUAGGGUUUAUCUUGGAUCCAUCAGAUACUGUGGAAGAAAAGGAACUAAAAGAAAAAUGCUGGGUAAACAAAUGGUUUGCUUUGAGAACUGCCAGGCAUCAUUAUUUACUUCAUUUUAACAAACCGGUUAAAAAAGAUGCGAAACUUAAAAAUGCAAAGGAAGAUGAAGAAAAGAAAGAUGACGUAGAAGCUUUGAAGAUGUUGAUUGACGAAAAUCCUACAUGCA